AUGUUCGAACGUCUCCCUGAGGAGCUUCUUAGGAAAGUUGCUAGAGGGUUUCGUAUUCAAGAUUUCAGGAAUCUCUCUCUCGUCUCCAAGACCUUCCACGCCAUAUGGACACCCAGGUUCUGGAGAACACUGUGUGUCGACACUGCUGGCUCAACAGGCCGACCGUCUUCUGUCAACAUCAAACGGAUCGAAGAGUGCGCCCAUGCGCUUCAGAAUGCUUCUUCUUCCAUACAGAAUGUCUCCGCCGUUGUGUUUCGACGGGACACUCGAUGGAAGCUGUGGGACUAUGAGAAGGAGGAAGACUGGCCCAACGUCGCCUGCCUGCACCGGCAACCGCCCCCAGAGGAUCUUAACUACUGGAGAGCCUUGCAACGAGCAGCGCCAGUCGCCGGAUGGUCAUUCGAUCAGUGGUUCUACAGGAAUCAGAAAUGCAUCGAGGCAAGUAUAGAACGAAUGGGUGAGCAGCUGGAUUCCGACCCCAUGGACGAUAUUGCCCUCGCUAUACAAUCUGUCAUUGGACGCAUACCCGCUGGCCAACUUCAAUCCUUCACCUGGGACUUGGCAACAUGCAUUCCUCAGGCUGCUUUUGAUAGUCUCUUCCAAGCGCAACCGCAACUCGAGUCUAUCACAUUGACGGCUGAUGCCUGUUGCAAGGUUGCCGGUGAAAGCUUGCACCUUCCCUUCCGCCAACUCAAACGGGUCAUCUUGAACUCAUUACCACGAUCUCAUGUUGUACCAGUGCGAAGAAUGCUGGGAACAAAUAGAGGGCACCUGCGUGACCUUCAAAUCGAGGAGUUGGUGCAUGGGUGCUCUUUAGAAGAGCUCUUAUAUGGCGGAGAAGACUGCGAAGAUCCAAGAGAUAGGGAGUCGACAGACGAACGCAACGGCGAACUGGUGGCGGAUCCAACGGUGUCUUUCCCGUCACUAGUGACGCUGUCGUUGCGGAAUAUCGACUUGACCGAGAGUAUGGACCGGGCAUUCAACAUCAGUGGCCUCACAUCACUUACACUACGCCAAUGCUCAAGGUCGAGCGAAUUCUUUAAAGGAAUCAUGGCAAGGAACAGCCCGCUUCAGCUCAAGGCUUUAGAGUUCCUGGCUGACUAUGCGGACCGUGACGAGGAUGAAGUCACGAACACACUCAACCACUUCCUCCUUUCAUUCAAGGGCCUCGAAAAGCUUUACAUCGGGUUGAUAAAAACCAUCUACUAUCCGGACAGCCGGGAUAAUUUUCAUCCCCUAUGGUCUACCGUUGGUUAUCAUGGCUCUACGUUAAAGAAUCUGGUGAUUCACCCGCGAGGCCCAAUCACGAGGACAGAUCGGGCUUGCACGAUGGGGGGCAUCCAGAGAAAUGUUGAUUGGAUUCAUGAUGUCGUUGGAAAGCUCGAGAUUCCACAAGUGACCAUUAGCAACUGGAUGAAGGAUCCCGCCACUCAUCCCCUGUCGCCGCUGUCAAAGCUCGAAUGCCUCGGCGUAUCUUCGGACCCGUUUGCGAAAGCUACAACGCAGGAUGGGGGAUCCGAGCAAUUUCUUAUAACCCUCCUCAGGCCUUUCACCUCAUCAUCCCGCCGCCUCAAGCUCUUACAUCUCCGGAAGACAGGUUCCAAUAGAGAGGAUCCAUUUGGUUCGAAGGUUUUCAUGUCGAGUGUCAGCCGACGGGUCAGCGGAGACAAGACCAUUCCUGUCCCCCCUUCAAGAAUGAUGGCAUACCUUGACCCCGACUUUGCUCGGUUUCUCAAUUGGGUCUUCGGGCGAGAGGGAAUCCCCUCCCUCGAGGCCGUCGCGUUUGGGGAUUUUGCCAACGGCCACAUGAGCGGUAAAUACCUUCAUAACAUGUUUGCAUGCCGCAGCAGUGAUGUACGUCAGGGAUAUCGAUUGUUUGACUGUCGCUACAAGGUCCGUGAGCACGAAUGGCGGGUCGUGGCGGAUAAGUACGCUGACUUUUUGGAAUCGUGCCCCGUCGGGCCGCGGGUGGAGAGUUGGGGGCAUGGGUCGAGGUAUCAUUUCUAA